AUGAGCAGAAUCAAUGGCUUGCCGGAUGACUUGUUGGUGAAGAUACUAUCGUAUCUUCCGACAAAAGUUGCUGUGUCCACAAGCAUCUUGUCGAAACAAUGGCAGUUUCUUUGGAUGUGGUUGCCUAAACUCGAGUACAGGCCUAAAUAUGUUUCAGAGCCUGCACUUAAGGGGUUUAUCGACAAGAACCUGCCAUUACAUAGAGCUCAUGUCAUAGAAAGCUUGCGUCUUACUAUAAGUGAUGAACACAUUGAGUCUGAAGAUAUCAAACGGUGGAUUGAAAUUGCAGUUUCUCGCCAUGUACGUGAGCUGGAAAUUUCUUAUGAACCUGCUUACGAAAACAUAUUUCCGAGCAGCUUUUAUACCUGCGAAUCGCUCGAGAUCUUGAAACUCAAAGACGUGACUCUCAUGGAUGUUCCUCCCUCAACGGCGUGUCUUCCUUCUCUGAAAACUUUGGAACUUGAUAGUGUUUCAUACGAAAGAGAUGAAUCUCUCCAACGGCUUCUAUCUAUAUGUCCUGUCCUUGAAGAACUAUCGGUGCAUUUUGGUGGCGAGGACGAUUUGGUUGAGUUCAGUAUUAUUGUCCCGUCUUUGCAGAGAUUAUCACUCUUUAUAGAUGAUGAUUAUCUGGAUUUAGAUAGGUAUGUGAUAGAUACUCCUUGUUUGAAGUAUUUCAAACUUGAGGAUUGGAAUGAUUCAAGGACCUACUGUGAGAUUAAGAAUAUGCCUACACUGGAGGAAGCUUUUGUCGAUGUUUUCUUCUCUCGUCUUGAGAGUGUUGUUGAAUCAAUCACAUCUGUCAAGCGUCUAACCAUAUGUUCAGAGCAAGAAGAAGAAGAGGAUGUGUAUGGUGGUGGUUUUGUUUUCAACGAGCUUGAACAUCUGAAGUUAUGUUUGUGCAAAAAGAAGUCGUCGAAUGUUCUUGCACAGUUUCUCAAAGACUCUCCUAACUUACGAGUACUAGAAAUCUCGCCCAUGGAAGAUCAUGGGGAUGAUGUGCUUAAUGGUAUGGUUAGCUGGAACGAACCGAGUUGUGUUCCUGAAUGCUUGUUGUCGAGUCUUGAAACUUUCAAAUGGUCACAAUACUUUGCGAGACGGCAAGGUCGAGAAAUUGCGGUUUACAUGUUGAAAAACGCUUGUCACUUAGAGGAGGCAAUAUUCUUGGCUGAUACAAGGGAAUUUGGUGUUCCAAAAUUUAAGAUGGUCAAGGAGUUGACACUUUAUUCCAGAGCUUCAAGCACAUGCGAGCUCGUGUUUGUUGAGGGGCAUCAUGUUGUGUCACGGCAUAAAUAG